AAUUUAAGUUUUUGACAGAAAACACACAAAAUGCACAACAAGUGUUAAGCUUCAAAAUGACAAGAUCAGAGUUUGCAAAUACGUUUGCUAUGCUACCAAACUCUGUAUUUGUUGAACAAAUGUUUGACUUGAUUAGAAAAAGCGAAGCAGAAACUAUUUCAUUCCGAGAACUUUUAGACUUAUUGGUGAUUUUUGCUAAAGGAGAUGCUGAAGAUAAACUAAGUCUUAUGUUCAAAAUGUACGACAUUACUAAAACUGGACAACUGGGAAGAGACCGUUUCAAACUCAUGAUUAGGUCAGUCAUGGAAGGGUUGAAUCAUUCAUUAAAUACCGACAAAUUAGGUCAACUGGUAGAAAGUAUGUUUGAGAGAGGUGGAUUCAUAGAACAAAAAUCAUUGUCAUUUGAGGACUUCAUGAGCUUGAUGAAAAGCAAUCUGAAUGAUAUUGAAUCCGCAUGUCUCGUUGUCAAAGGUAUCGUUUAA